GGCUCUGCCCGCAGCUCCGCCUGCCCUUCACGGCCCGCGCGGGACUCAGCCUCGGUGAGGUGCUGGAUCUGGAUGGUGCUGCAGCUGUUCACUGAGCGACCGUGAGGGGCUUCUGUUGGCCGAGGGGAAUGCGCAAGGUGGGCUUUCACCAGGAGUGCCAGUACACAGGUGGUAAAGCACCACUUUAAGCGCGGAAUCCGUCUGGAAGCGUGCCACACCUGUACAAUCCGUUCAGCAGACUAAUCUGAACAGAACGAGGGAAAAGAGACAUAAGAAAAGAGGGAAAAGAGGAAAACGAGAGUGGAUUGGUCCCACUUUCUUCAGUCUGCUGACAGAAGAGACAGAGUGAGAGAGCAGUGGAGCCAGAGAAGCGAUGUGACAGCCGGUCUAUUCCAGCAGAAAGCCAGCUAUGAUGGACAUCAGGAUCAGCAGGCACUAAAUCUCCACUCUAUCAAGUCACAAUGAUCCCUGUUCUGUUUUUGGCAGCAACCAUAUUACCAAAUGUCAGCAGCACAAACAGCACAAGUGAAGACAGCGGGUUCGCCAGCCAUCACAUCCUGCCUACACUGUUAGUGCUCUCACUGUUAGUGCUCAUCGCAGCUCUACUGGCCUGCUAUUGCCUCAGGUUCAAAAACCAGAGAAAAGCCGACAUCACCACAGUCGACAAGAAGAUACCAAAUGGCAUUCUGGAAGAGCAAGAACAACAAACGGUGGUCUUGCUGCCCAGAUCACCCUCCACAUCCAAGAAAUACUUCCCCAUUCCUGUAGACAACCUGGAAGAGGAAUACCGGAUCCGCUCGGCUGAUGAUGGAAAACUCUUCAGAGAAGAGUACACUUCGUUACCUGGGGGUAACCCCCAAGGAUCGUAUGAGGAGGCAAACAGAGAAGAAAACAAAGAAAAGAACAGAUAUCCCAACAUUCUCCCUUAUGACCAUUCCAGAGUGGUGCUGACACAGAUAGAUGGCGUUCCACACUCAGAUUAUAUAAAUGCUUCUUAUAUAGAUGGCUACAAAGACAAAAACAAAUUCAUCGCAGCACAAGGACCAAAACAGGAGACUGUUGCUGAAUUUUGGAGAAUGAUCUGGGAGCAGAAAUCAGCUACUAUUGUCAUGCUCACCAACCUGAAAGAGAGAAAAGAGGACAAGUGUUACCAGUACUGGCCUGACCAGGGCUGCUGGACGUACGGUAAUGUGCGGGUUGCUGUGGAAGAUUUCACCGCACUGGUUGACUACACAAUACGCAAAUUCUGUGUGCAGUCUGCCAGUGAUGGCUCUAAAAACCCUCGCCUGGUUACGCAGCUGCAUUUUACCAGCUGGCCGGACUUUGGCGUGCCCUUCUCACCCAUCGGCAUGCUCAAGUUCCUCAAGAAGGUCAAACAGGUGAACCCAUCGUACGGUGGACCCAUCGUAGUGCACUGCAGCGCUGGGGUUGGAAGAACAGGCACUUUCAUUGUAAUAGAUGCGAUGAUUGACAUGAUGCACGAGGAGCAGAAGGUCGACGUGUUUGGGUUUGUGUCCAGAAUCCGGGACCAGCGAUCGCAGCUUAUACAGACAGACAUGCAGUACUCGUUCAUCUACCAGGCCCUGCUGGAGUACUUCCUCUAUGGGGACACUGAGCUGGACGUGUCCUCUUUGGAAGGACACCUACACAAACUCCACAACACCUGCACACCACAGGACCGGCUAGGGCUGGAGGAGGAGUUUAAGAAACUGACAAACAUGCGGAUAAUGAAGGAAAACAUGAGGACAGGCAAUCUUCCGGCGAAUAUGAAGAAGAACCGAGUGCUCCAGAUUAUUCCAUAUGACUUCAACAGAGUAAUUCUGUCCAUGCGGAGAGGUCAAGAAUUCACAGACUACAUUAAUGCAUCUUUCAUUGAUGGAUACAGGCAGAAGGACUAUUUCAUAGCCACACAGGGUCCUCUGGCUCACACUGUGGAGGACUUUUGGAGGAUGGUGUGGGAAUGGAAGUGCCACUCGAUAGUCAUGCUGACAGAACUACAGGAGAGAGAACAGGAUAAGUGUUUUCAGUAUUGGCCGACAGAAGACUCAGUGAAAUAUGCAGACUACACAAUAGAGAUCAAAGCAGAUACUCAAUGUGACGACACCUUCAGCCUCAGAGACCUGGUACUCACAUAUGAACCAGAAAAGGAGACGCGUUUGAUCCGGCACUUUCACUUCCACGGCUGGCCAGAGAUUGGCAUUCCAGCAGAAGGGAAGGGAAUGAUCGACAUCAUUGCUGCAGUGCAGAAACAGCAGCAGCAAUCGGGCAACCACCCCAUUGUCGUGCACUGCAGCGCCGGAGCGGGUCGUACCGGUACGUUUAUUGCCCUCAGUAAUAUUCUGGAGCGGGUGAAAGCCGAGGGCCUGCUGGACGUCUUUCAGACUGUGAAGAGUUUGCGUAUGCAACGGCCACACAUGGUGCAGACCGUGGAACAGUAUGACUUCUGCUACAGAGUGGUACAAGACUUUGUCGACAUUUUCUCAGACUAUGCCAAUUUUAAAUGAUCAAACCUGCCUUAUACAUUUCUGUUCAGUGCUUUUUUAUAUACCAGUUCGUCAGGAUUUUACCCCAUAACUGAAUGAAAUUAGCUUCUAUUUUGCUAUGCACUUGACCUCUUAAAGAUCAUAUCUAUCUGUAAUAUAAUGUCUAAUACUAAAGCUACAAAAUGGGUUUAAAAAGCUGUAAUGAGACAGAAAACGACCGUAUUUGAAUUAAUUAUUUCAUUAUGGUCUUAAAUUGUGUCUUUCAAGUCUCGUCAUAUCAUUCCAGCCAAAUGUUUUUGAUUUGAAUGGCAGUGUUUUUACCUUUCUUUUUAUAUUUUUUUUUAAAUCUGGGUCUUACCAACUAAACAGUUUCAUUUUUUUAACCCAUGUAAAGUUUGUAAAGCUGUAGGUAUUGUAAAUGUAUUUAUGUAUUGUUGCUGACAGUCCAUUCUCACAUUUUAAAACUUUUACGUUAAUGUUGAGAGAUUUUAUUUAUUCAGAUUUGUCAUACAUAUUAUUAGUGUCAAUUUUUGUUUUUACCUGAAAAUCUAGCAAAUGCAAACAUAAGCAUAUUUGGACAAAUACAUUAAAACCUCAGUGAAUUUACAUUGUGAAUGAACAAAGAAACGGAAAAGCUACAGAUUUUGUAUCAAAAUUAGCUCGAGUGAAUGCACCAUUCAGUAAGACAGGAACAGUCCUGUUUCCACUCAAAUAGCAGCACCGUCAGUAACGUGGCCUAAAAACAGACCCUAUCAGGAUCAUAACGUAGCUGCUGGUGGUCCUGCCUGUCUCCAGGUCAACAAGGCUGGAAAUAGCUGCACAGGUUUUCAAAGCACAUUGAUUAAUGUCCAUUGCCUUGCACAAAGCCAAGAAUUUACAAAUGAAAGAGAUAAUGUGUUAUUAAAGGAUGAUAUAUACAUUC